AAACGCAUAAAACUAAAUGCAUUCAAACAAUGUUUUUAAGUUGCGUUUUAAUUUGAAAAAACACGUUCAAAAUAUAAAAGAUGCAUUUAAACGCGUUAGAAAUAAAAAUCGAUGUGUUUAAACGCGUUGAACUUAAAAAAGGAUGCGUUGAAACGCAAAAAUAGCGUUUUUUUCCUAAAAGUUUGCGUUGGAACGCAUUUUCAUACAACUUUUUUUUCAUGAGUAUUGUGAAAAUAUCAAUUUCAGCGUUCCUAUAAAGACAGCAAUAUUGAGACUUCCAAAAGAGUAAAUUUCUGUCAUUAAUAAUCUAAUUUCAGAAACAACUUCUACAGAAAAACCAUACUAGCAGGAAAAUUCGAAAACUACCAUUACAGCAAUCGAAAUCAUUUGUUCGAAAAUACAACACUUUCUAGAAAAUUUUACUAAAUAUACAAAUUCUUCCAGAGAUAUUAUAUGAACAUGUCUAACUAUUCAUAUUACAAGCAGAAGAUCCUACCAUCUGCAAUUUUGGAAAUUUUAGAAACUACACAACAAUUUCGGUAAAUUUCCAAAUUUCUGAGUAAUUUUCAAUAGGGUGUGGAUGGGUGUGGGUGGGGUAAGAGUGGUGGUGGGCGUGGGUGUGAGGUUUGGGUGCGACGGUUGGUAUCACCGUGGUUGGACCUGCACUCUCAUAUAUCCACUCCCAUACCUAGACCCACACCCACACCCACACCCUCAUUCGAAUAUUAAAAACUGGAGAUCGCUACCUGCUUUCAUUUGCAAUAGAAACAAGUCCAUUCUUUCUUUCCAACAAAUAAUAUUUUUAUUUAACUUCGCAUAAAUUUCUUUCAGAUACAGUUUAUAUUUCUCCAGCUCUUCGUCAAAAACAAACAUCAUCCGAUAAUAAUUCAAUGAUUGAAUUAAAACUUUGUCUUCAAAGUCAAUUAAAUCGUUUAAAUAAAAAAAAUUCAUCAUCAAUAUCAAUUGAAAUCGAAAGUAUUUAUCGUUCUCAAUCUCGUUCAACAAUGAAUUCAUGUUUAUAUCAAUUAUGUCAUGAUAGUCUUCUAUCAUCUCUUUCAUCAACUGAUCAAAAAGUUGAAUCAUAUUUACUUGAAAAUUUCUUACAAAUAUUUAUUCAACAUAUUAAUGAUGAAGUAUCAAAUAAAAUAAAUGACAAUUUAUUUAUAUUUAUUUCAUAUAUAUAUGCAUUUUAUAUGACAAAUGGAAAAAUAAUAUUUGAUAUAGCUCGAUAUUUAUUAAAUAUUGAUCAAUUAAAUGAAAAACGUCUUGAAUUAAUACUUUUAUUAUUAAAAGCAAUUGGAUUUGUAAUACAUAGAGAUGAUCCAUUACAAUUAAAAACAUUUUUACAAGAAUUACGAACAAAAUGCUCAUCAUCAACAUUAUUAAUAUCAUCAUCAAAAUGUCUUGAAUUUAUGACGGAUACAAUAAAAAGUUUAAAAAAUAAUGAUGUUAGAGAAUUAUCAGUUAAAGAUAAAACACUAGACAAAACUAAUAUACUUAAUGUUGGUUUACAAGAUUUUCUAAAUGUUAAAGAACAAGAACGAUGGUGGAUUGUUGGGUCAGCAUAA